AUGCUCCAAGGCUCACCAGACGUGACCCCCUUUCAAGAUCAGCUUCCAUAUACCAUGGCCGCCCCAUCCGGGGCUGUGACAGCAAACACACCUCGUUUACAGCUCCUCGACCUGCCAAAUGAAAUCAUUGUGCAUAUUGCCGAAUCAAUAACUUCCUCUAUACAUCUAAGCUACUUGGUCCGCUCCUGCAGAACCCUCUACGAGCUCCUCAACAUUGUCCUCUAUCGCCAGGACCAGCUUGUUGGCGACGGCAACGGUCUGCUUUGGUCUGUGGCAGCGGACAAAUGCGAGACAAUCGAAAGAGCUAUUGCACUCGGAAUAGACGUAGCCAACACAAAAUGGAAUUUGAUACACGCCGCAACCGAAUUCCAAGUCCAUAAUGUUCUCGUCUUGUUGGCCAAGCAGCCUGGGAUUCGUAUCGACGCUCUCGACUCCCGAAAUACAACAGCGCUCUGGUGGACAUGCGAGUUCGACCAAAUCCGCUCUGCAAAGCUACUGCUACGUCUUGGCGCAAGCUUCGUUGAGGCUCUGCGCGCCAGAAACAGAAUUCGAGACCUGACGCCGUCUCAGCGCCAGACAUGGGAUGACAUGGCGCGGUUCCUGAUUGAGACAGAUGAGCACAAUAUCCGCGAAGAAGACACGACGAUAUUUCAGCUCCUCAGUGCAGCCGCCACGCGGGGCUGCAAGGCAUUUGCUAUGCUUGUCAGGUUUGUGCACUGCGCAAGAGGGCCAUUUCCGAGCUGGGCUGCGGUACAGGAUGCACCACGGGGGACGACAGUGCUAGGCCUCAUCCGCCGCAUGUCCAAGCAUAACCAAGGCACACCCGAAAGCAGGUUAACCCCGGGCGAGUAUCUAUUUCUAAUGCAAGAGCUUGGCCAGCAAGUUGACUAG